UUGGCUUUUGGAAGUAGGAAUUGAAACGUUCUUAAUGCAGUACAGAAUAUGUCGUACAGAGAUUUUCAUUUUGAAGACUGAAAAGCAGAGAGAGAGAGAGAGAGGGAUUUUCCUUUUGCUGGCUGAAACUAUACAGAGAGAGAGACGAGAGAUUUCCAUUUUGUUAGAGAGAGGUUUUCCUUUUACUGGCUGAAGAUUUACAGAGAGAGAGAGAGAGAGAGAGAGAGAGAGAGAGAGAGAGAGAGAGAGAGAGAGAGAGAGAUUUCCAUUUUGUUGGCUGAAAAUAUACAGAGAGAGGAGAUGGUGGCAUUAGGAGGAAUGACAUUGAGGGGGAAUAGGGGGCGUUUAUGCAUAGCGGGGUUCCUUUGCUGGGCAUGCUUGAUGUUGGCCACACCGCGAAUACCACACUUCCCAAAGCACCACCUCUUUGCUGACAUGCGCAAUUUCUUUGGGGUUCCAAAUACCCUGAAUGUGAUUACCAACUUCCCUUUCCUAGUUGUUGGCGUCCUCGGUCUUGUUCUCUGUCUUCAUGGCAAUUACUUGUGCAUAUGCCUUCGAGGUGAAGUUUGGGGUUGGGCACUAUUCUAUGCUGGGAUUGCAUCGACUGCAUUCGGCUCCGCAUACUAUCAUCUGAAACCUGAAGAUAGUCGAGUUAUAUGGGACCGCCUACCUAUCAUGAUCGCACUCACAUCGCUUCUUUCGAGCUUCAUUAUUGAAAGAAUUGACGAGCGAAUUGGAUUCACAUGCCUACUUCCUCUCCUUACAAUUGAUUUAGCGAGCAUUCUUUAUGUGCAGAUGUUUGACGACCUCCGAUUGUGCAUGAUGUACCACCUUAUUCCAUGCGUAGCAAUUCCGGCCAUGGCAUUUGUGUUUCCACCAAAAUACACUCACUCGAGAUAUUGGUUCUGGGCUGCAGGAUUUUAUCUUUUGGCAAAGUUUGAAGCUGCUGCAGAUAGAAAAAUCUACAGUGCAAAUCGUUACAUAAUUAGUGGCCAUUCCUUGGAGCACUUGUGUCUAGUGAUGGUUCCUAUAUUUCUCACUGUUAUGCUUUUGUCCAGAAAUAUUAAGAUAGGAAGUUUGACGGUGUUAGGAACUUCUUUGUUUUGGAGAAGAACGUACAUGAAGUGCUACAGUAUCAAGAACUUAUUGGAAGCCCUAGCCAUCUCGCCACUGCCUCCAAGCUCUCAACUCGCAGCCCUAGCCAUCUCGCCCCGGCCUUACUGCUCGCAAGCCCUAGCAUGGCCUUCUUCUCUCUCGUGUAUGCAACCAGAUUCUCCCUCCUGUUCCUCCGGUAGUUGUCACCUUGGAACCACAUCAUCGCACAUUGCUUGUGGGGGUCGUUUUAUCUGGACUCCUGAGAGAACCAAAUCACAACCCAUGCAGUGAACAGUUGGUUUCUGCAUUGGUUUCGAAAAAAGGGUAAUGAGAAGCUGGAGAAGUUUUUGUUGAAUGAAGGAUGUCCGCCAAGCUGCGAACUUGGCAACAAUCAUUGAUUGAAAUUGAAUGGAUCCUCUUCUUCCUCGUAUACAUCUCAACACAUUUAUACCAAUGAUGAUCAUUCUUAUGGCUAUGAAGAAUCAGUAUCCGCAUGGCAUCUCUAAGUCCAUGGAAUAAUCCUGGAGGCUGAUUAUGGCGGUUAAACUGAGGUGUCCUGAUGUGAGAAAUGUAUCAGUAGUUGUAUAUCUUUGUUCAUGUGAGCUUAUCUUCAAUUUAUUCAAAAUUUAUUUCCUUAGAUAUUGAAUAUGAAAAUCUGAUUUAUCCCUAAAAGAAAAGGAUCAACAACCGUUUGUUUCAUGUCGUGUAUGUGUCAUGCACAAUGAAAUUGAAAGAUCUUUCAUCUUUUUAAAUUA